UUAGUCCAAAAUUCGAUAUUUCGUAUUUUUUUACGAAUAAACUCAUCUAAUUUAGAUCUAAGUAUUGAGUGUAAAAAUAGUACAACCUUUUUUCACUUGCCACAGGUAUAUUUAUUAUUUUGAUGAGUGGAAAAACAGUGUUUUAAUUAUCAUUUAUUUAUCUCUAUGGUUAUCGUUAUUGUUGUGGUGUGAAUGUGUGCUUACAUUAUUAAAUUUUUGCAAUAUUAAUAAUAUUUUUUUAUGAGUACAUAUUUUGUUUUGUUUUUUUGUUUAAACGUUUUUGUGAAAUAAAAAUGACUGACUCUGACACUACGUCAGGUGAAGAAAAUGAAACACUAAAGAUAGGAAAGAAACGCAAAGUUUAUCCUCAAACAUGGAAACGUCAAAAAAUUAAGAUCGUUCGUCAAAAUGGAACUUCUUAUACUUCAGUAUCAGGGCUGAUCGAAACAAAACCUGUGAUUAGACGCCGCCAAAGGUCUGAGAUUGGUGGAGCAAAUGCAAAACUAAGGGCGAGUAAUUUUGCUUACUUUGUCAACAAAAACGAAUUACGCAUAUCUGUUUGCAAACAGGCUUUUAUGAGCUUGCAUGCUAUGUCACAUAUUCAAGUGCAAAGAUUAACAAGUAUUUUGUUAUCUGGUAUAUCACCUAAAGAUGGACGUGGAAAGCACAAAAAUCGACCGUCUAAGAUAAAAGACGAGUUCAUUGUAAAGAUGAAGGAACCAGGCACGUAGCCAGAAAAUAUUUAUUGGAGGGGCCAACAAUUUUGGGCCCUUGU